AUGCCUCGAAAAAAGAACCUCGACGGUACGCCAAUCCCCCCGAAACCCCGUGUCCGCAAGAAGAAGGACACUCAAGCACAAGUGACGAAUGUUGAGCCAAAGAUGGAGUCUGUCUACGAUCAACAGGCGAUGGGAAUGGGCCAACAAAUGGGAAUGGCACCGAUGGGGAUGGGGAUGGUAAUGGAGGACCCGGGAAUGUACGGAGCGCCGCCACCCGAGUACGCAUAUUAUGGACAACCGCCGGCACAUUUCGGCUCUCCCGAUCCCUCGUCACCGUAUGUGGGAAUGCCGACGCAGAGCUCUACUCCACAGCCACCACAUCCACAAGCUGUCACACCGAAUCAUAUGAUGAUGCGUGGAAUGCCCGGCCCAGCUCCCCCACAAAUGCCUCCAAUCCCAGCCGCUUCUCUUCUCGAGUAUCGGAUACAUGACAUCAACCGGAGACUUUUCAUCUUCAACAAUAGUGGGAUUAAUGAAAAAGAUCAUCAACAAUGGUGGGACGCUUUCGCGCACGAGUUUUUCGAUGAUGAUGCUAAGAUCACGUUUAUGCUUUUCGAUGAGGCCACACAGAAACCAGAGAAAUUCAUAAUUGGCCGGACGCUGAUCCCUCGGUAUUUUCGAUCAAUUUUCGAGUCGGGUGUUCGAGAAUUAUAUUAUGUGUUGCGAUCACAAUCCCUUGAACGACACACGCAAAUGGGACCGAUUUUUGAGUGUGAGAACAUGUUGGUGGUCAACAAACAGGAUCGGCCACAGAGCGAGGUGCACACUGAAUGCAAAUUCACUAUCGAGUUCUCCCAUUUUGAUGAAAUGUACAAUUAUCGGAUACGGCAUUGGACAAUGGAAAUGGGGAAUACUCAAGAAUAUCUCUUCGAUGAACAGACAAAGGAGUACAUGUUGUGUCCCCGAGACCAAGAAAAGCCGAAAUCUCCAAUUGCUCGUUGCGGCUUGCCAGUGAUGACGAUUCAUUACAUCAAGUUGUGUUCAAUUCUUGAGCCAAUGUCUUUGUUGAUGGGUUAUGCGAAAGCCAAUGUUAGUCAACAACCCUGGGAAAUCCUCCGAACGGCCGCUUUUCAACAUCACACGAGCCAGAGGGAGCGCGAGAAACAAAUGGCAAUGCACACUCAAAUGGGACAACCUGGCCUCAUGGCUCCCCCACUUGAAGAAAAGCCGAAACCCGCUCGAAAACGACAGCGAAAACCUCCGGCAAACCCAAAAACGAAGAAAGGAGCAACUGCCAGUCCAGUUCCACCCAAUAACGCUUUCCCGCAAAAUCCGAUGCAACCCGGAAAUUUUCCAACGAUGGGUUUCCACGAGGUGAUGGUGGUUGGUGAACCGUCGAUGAUGGGCGGAGAUUAUGGAGAGGAAGAUGAGAGGACGAUAAGCCGAGUCGAGAACACCCAGUACGACCCGAAUGCGCUGCAGAUGCAGCAACAGAGUCUGGCCGCUCAAGGUGGACCCCCGCCGGGAGUGAUGGGAAUGCCUGGAGGAAUGGGAGUGAUGGGACCUGGUGGAAUGGUACAUAUGGGACCGCCAGGAAUGGCCGGCAUUGGACCAUCAAAUGGACACCCACCACAGCCACAACAAGGCUAUGACUACGGUCAAUGGCGCCCACCAUCAAAUACAACGAUGAUCACCGGA